CACGUACAAUUUUCAUCUUUUUCUACGAAAAAAAAUAAGUUAAUAAUAAAAAAAAAAGGCGUCAAACGCAAGACUAUCAAACGCAGCGCAUUUUGGCCCAAUCGCUUAUCCAAAAUUUUCAAGUUCCAUUUGCAAAAACAAUUUUUAUAUGUGUGAGUGCCGCUGCUCACCUUGAAUCCGUAGUCGUUGGCUGUUUCCCCCUUCGAACGCGUCUACGUAUAUAAGAUAUUGACCCUGUGAACAAAUGACCACCGCCGCCUCCACAUCGCAAAAUGCGUCGUCGACGUUGAUGGCUGCUGGUGGAGCCGGUGGCGCGGGCUCUACGACAACAACAACGUUGACGACGACACCCAGCAGCUCGGCCGUGCGUGCCCUGGCCAUGGAGUACAAGUCGCUUCAGGAGGAACCAGUCGAAGGAUUUCGCGUUAAGCUAAUGAACGAUGAUAAUCUGUUUGAGUGGGAGGUGGCCAUCUUUGGGCCGCCAGAUACACUAUAUCAAGGUGGCUAUUUCAAGGCGCACAUGAAAUUUCCACACGAUUACCCGUACUCGCCGCCAUCCAUACGCUUCCUCACCAAGGUAUGGCAUCCGAAUGUAUACGAAAACGGCGAUCUCUGCAUAUCCAUACUGCAUCCGCCUGUUGAUGAUCCCCAAAGCGGCGAGCUUCCCUGCGAACGCUGGAAUCCUACACAGAAUGUGCGUACCAUUCUUCUCUCGGUUAUUUCGCUCCUUAACGAGCCCAAUACAUACUCGCCAGCCAACGUGGAUGCUUCGGUGAUGUAUCGCCGAUGGCGGGAUUCCCAGGGCAAGGACAACGAAUAUCCGAACAUAAUACGCAAACAGGCACUGGCCGCCAAUGCGGAAGCCAAGCGCGAAGGUAUUGUGGUGCCUAUGACACUGGAGGACUAUUGCCUGAAGCCCACGGUCAAGCCCAGCACAGAGUCCGGCCUAGAUGCAAAUUUCUAUGAUGAUGAUUUUGAUUUGGAGACCGAAGAUUUGCCAACAGACUCGGAUGAGGAGGAUGAUGAGGAUGAGGACGAUGAAGAUGAUGAUGAAGAGGGCAACGGGGAUAGUGCACCAAUUAGCAAAAAUAAUGGCAAUACAAAGUGCACGAACAACGGUUUGUCGGCAAAAUCAGCUGCUGCUUCUGCAACAGAUGAUGCCGAGUCCGCUGAUGACAGCGGUAAGGGAGAGACUACAUAAUGCAGAUAAACACGCUCCACCUUCACUCUGCUCCUGCCCUAGGCGUCUGCGUAGCAUUUAAAUGAAGAUGAUACUAAGUGUGAAAAGAAACGAAUCGAGCUGCUUGAAGACGCCCCCUAAGGCCAAUCGCUGGUUUAUCAUUUCUCUCAACACAAUUAUUAUUUUUUUACCAUAAAUUAUGUACAAUUGUAAAACUGAAA